AUGUACCAGAGAAAUAAAACUGUUAAUCUUGAAGGUAAGCAAGGAAAGCAACUGGCUGGGGACGAGUGGGUUGAAGACUACCUUGUUAGACCAGUCAAGCAGUUUACAAGUGCUCAAAGUUCAUUGUCUAUGGUUGAACUAAUGUCAUGUAGUGUCAACCUACUGGAAAUGAAUCGCAAGAUGUACAAGGCAAAGGAAGCAUUUGAUAUUCAUCAUACAAGAGAACAUAAGAAGCCAUCAUCUUUGUAUGAUCAAAUCAAAGUUGCUCAGUUUGUAAUUAAAGAAAGAUGGUUUGAAUGCAAACAGCGAAAAGAUGUUCAUCAAUACUUGUGGGCUGGUAAGACAGUCAAGGGCAAACUGUACCCAAAAAGUGUAUAG